AUGAAGAGUCUUGCCAUCCUAGUGCUGUUAUGCCUGCCAGCUUGCUUGACCUUUCCACUGGAUAGGGCAGUGAAGGAAGAGGACCCGAACAUGGAUCUUGUCCAGCAAUACCUUGAAAACUACUAUAACCAUGCAAAAGAUGUGAAACGAGCUGCUAGAAGAAAGGACAGUGAUUUUAAAAAAGUGCAGGAAAUGCAGAAGUUCCUUGGGUUGGAGGUGACGGGGAAGCUGGACUCCAACACGCUGGAGGUGAUGGCCAAGCCCAGAUGUGGAGUUCCGGAUGUUGGUCAAUUCACCACCUUUCGUGGAUCACCGAAGUGGGGGAAAACUCAUCUUACCUACAGGAUUGUGAAAUAUACACAAGAUCUGCCAAGAAAUGCUGUUGAUUCUGCCAUAGAGAAAGCUCUGAAAGUCUGGGAGGACGUGACUCCACUCACAUUCUCCAGGGUUCAUGAAGGAGAGGCUGACAUCAUGAUCUCUUUUGCAGUUAAAGAACAUGGAGACUUUGUCCCUUUUGAUGGACCCGGAAAAGCUUUGGCUCAUGCCUACCCACCUGGGCCGGGGAUUCAUGGAGAUGCACACUUUGAUGACGACGAGCGAUGGACGGAGGAUACAUCAGGAACCAAUUUAUUCUUUGUUGCUGCCCAUGAAUUUGGCCAUUCCCUGGGUCUCUCUCACUCGGCCAACCCUGAUGCCUUGAUGUACCCGGUCUACAACCCACUCACGGACCUGGACCAAUUCCGCCUUUCUCAAGAUGAUGUGAGUGGCAUUCAGUACCUCUACGGAUCUCCCUCUUCCUCCCCUGAGGAUCCCGUGGUGCCCACGGAAUCCACCCCUGCCAGACCUAGGACACUAAAUAGGUGUGAUCCUGCUUUGUCCUUCGAUGCUGCCAGCACCCUGCGGGGAGAGAUGCUGUUCUUUAAAGACAGAUAUUUUUGGCGCAGACCCCUCUGGAACUUCGAACCUGAAUUUCAUUUGAUUUCUACAUUUUGGCCCUCUCUUCCGUCAGACUUGGAUGCUGCAUAUGAAAUUGAUAGCAAGGAUACCACUUUUAUUUUUAAAGGAAAUAAGUUCUGGGUCAUCAGAGAACUUGAGGUACAAGCAGGUUACCCAAGAAGCAUUUACACCCUGGGUUUUCCUCCAAACAUAAGUAAAAUUGAUGCAGCUGUUUCUGACAAGGAAAAGAAGAAAACCUAUUUCUUUGUAGAGGAAAAAUACUGGAGAUUUGAUGAAAUUAGUCAGUCCUUGGAUCAAGGCUUUCCCAGACUAAUAGCUGAUGACUUCCCAGGAGUUAAGCCAAAGGUUGAUGCUGUUUUACAGGCAUUUGGAUUCUUCUAUUUCUUCAGUGGCUCAAGACAGUUUGAGUUUGACCCUAAUGCCAGGAUGGUGACACGUCUAUUGAGGAGUAACAGCUGGUUAUAUUGUUAA